GUGGCGCGCGCGCCUGCUCAGUGCGCGUCGGCGGGGCGGUGGUGUGCCGGCCGGAAUAGGUUCCUCCGAGCCGCCGUAGUGCUUGCUCUAGCGGCUCGGUGAGGAAUGGAGCCGGUGGCCGGCGGCGGUCACCGCGGCUGCAGCUCCUCCGCAGACCCACAAAGCACCUUCGUGCUGAGUAACCUCGCGGAGGUGGUGGAGCGUGUGCUCAACUUCCUGCCCGCCAAGGCGCUGCUGCGGGUAGCCGGCGUGUGCCGCUUAUGGAGGGAGUGUGUGCGCAGAGUGUUGCGGACCCACCGGAGAGUGACCUGGAUCUCCGCAGGCCUGGCCGAGGCCGGCCACCUGGCGGGGCAUUGCCUGGUCCGCGUGGUAGCAGAGGAGCUUGAGAAUGUUCACAUCUUACCACGUACAGUUCUUUACAUGGCUGAUUCAGAAACUUUCAUUAAUCAAGAAGAGUGUCGUGGCCAUAAGAGAGCAAGGAAAAGAACUAGCAUGGAAACAGCAUUUGCCCUUGAGAAGCUAUUCCCGAAACAAUGCCAGAUCCUUGGGAUUGCGACCCCAGGAAUCGUAGUGACUCCAAUGGGAUCAGGUAGCAAUCGACCUCAGGAAAUAGAAAUUGGAGAAUCUGGUUUUGCUCUAUUAUUCCCUCAAAUUGAAGGAAUAAAAAUACAGCCCUUUCAUUUUAUUAAGGAUCCAAAGAAUUUAACACUAGGAAGACAUCAACUCACUGAAGUAGGUCUUUUAGAUAACCCUGAACUUCGUGUGGUCCUUGUCUUUGGCUAUAAUUGUUCUAAAGUGGGAGCCAGUAAUUAUCUGCAGCGAGUAGUCAGCACUUUCAGUGAUAUGAAUAUCAUCUUGGCUGGAGGCCAGGUGGACAACCUGUCAUCACUGUCUUCUGAAAAGAACCCUCUGGAUAUUGAUGCCACUGGUGUGGUUGGACUGUCAUUUAGUGGACACCGAAUCCAGAGUGCUACUGUGCUCCUCAAUGAGGAUGUCAAUGACCAGAAGACUGCUGAGGCUGCGAUGCAGCGCCUCAAAGCGGCCAACAUUCCAGAACAAAAUACUAUUGGCUUCAUGUUUGCAUGCGUUGGCAGGGGCUUUCAGUAUUACAGAUCCAAGGGGAAUGUUGAGGCUGAUGCAUUUAGAAAGUUUUUUCCUAGUGUUCCCUUAUUUGGCUUCUUUGGAAAUGGAGAAAUAGGAUGUGAUCGGAUAGUCACAGGGAACUUUAUAUUGAGGAAAUGUAAUGAGGUAAAGGAUGAUGAUCUGUUUCAUAGCUAUACAACGAUAAUGGCACUCAUUCAUCUGGGGUCAUCUAAAUAAAGCCAUCUUUAAAGUGGCUUUCACAAUGUAUCAACUUUUGGGUUCUACAUUGUCCAGAAAAUGUAAACUUGGGAUAUGUCUAUUUCAAACAAAAAGAACCUUAGCUAUAUCUGUUUUUGUAGCUUUGAUUGAUGCUCUGAGUUCACAUUGAGGUAGUUUUUAAUAUAUUAGGUGAAGGACAGCUUUGUCCAUAACAGUGCACAGAUCAGGAAUUGACAGCUUUUGUAUCAGGCACAGGCAAACUGAUUACGGCUGUGCUGCACCAGAUCAUGUAGCUGCUGUGUAAUGUGACUGUAAGUAGUCUUCCUGUGUAAGAGGAUGAAAGGGGAUCAUCAGUAGGAUGGAGGUUUAAGACAUUCCACGACGACCUCUUUGCAUUGUUAGAUGAUCUUUUAGCAGAAUCAUGAACUUUUUUUUCUCCCUUAGUAAAGGAGAAAAAUAUACAGAUGGCUUGUUUGAGAAAUCUUUCUCUGCUUUUCAAUUUUACCAAUUUUUUCAGAAGCUGUAACAAUAUUUAUCACUGACUUUUACUUAUUUGAUAAAAAUUAAAGAACUAUUUUUGUUUUGGUACUCUAAAAUUCAGUCAGAUAAGUUGACCAGACUAAUUUGUCCAUUUUCCUUUUUUCCUCAAUAAAGAAACUGCAAGAGAAAAAUCUUAUUUCCCACCUACCUCUAUUUAGCUAAUUGGCAUACCAGAGAAUUAUAUCACUUUAUUUUGGUUUUAUACCAAUAAAACAUGCCUUAGAAACUCAUUCAGAUAGUGUUUUGCAUUUCAUUGCUUUUGGUGAGUGAAUUAAGGAAAUAAACUAAUCCUUUGUAAAUUAAAAUCCAGAAUAGUAGGUGUUUGUCAGCUAGUCAAUUCUGUUAAGUUCUCAGUAGAAUGAUUUUCAGGUUUGAAUUUCUAAUUAUGCAAAUAUGAAAAUGAGAGAUGUGUAGAGAGCACCACUUUUCUUUUGGUGUCCAUUCUUUCCUUUUCACAUACUGAUAGAACCUUUGGUUUUCAGUUAGGCACAUUCCUUCCAGAACAAAGACUAUAUUUCCCA